AUGUCAUCUUUUGAGCAGCGUAAGCGUCCUGCGGCGUGCGGCACAGGCUUCAGCGCACGACUUUGGUGCAACACAGACCCAUGUGGAAUCGUAUGUGCCAUCGUUUCGUGGUUCCUGGUGCUAUAUGCUGAGUGCACUGUCGUGGGUGUAGUAGUUUACCCUUGGAUGGGUAUUUCACCAUUGGGGUUGCUGCAUAUCACUAUCUUCACGAUUCUCUGCUUUUUAGCGCUUGUAUCACAUGGAAAAGCCAUGCUGACGGAUCCGGGUGCUGUUCCGGAAAUGGCACUGCCAUUGGCAUUGGCCCAUGCUUCCAAGGAUGAUAUAGCAAGACUAGAAGAGCAAAGAUACCGGACAUGUCGUCGAUGCCGCCAAUUUAAGCCAGGAAGAGCACAUCACUGCUCGAUCUGCGAUCGCUGCGUCAUUAAAAUGGAUCACCACUGUCCCUGGGUGAAUAAUUGCGUGGGGCUGGGCAACCACAAAUUCUUCCUGCUGUUUAUCUUCUACGUGUUUUUGUUGUCGGCGUAUGCACUGACACUUGUUGUCUUUCGCUAUGCAAAGUGCAUUAAUGAGUUCUGCCCGACCUACGGCGCAAUUCGAGUUGUCUGCCUGAUAAUGGAAGCUGUGCUCUUUGGACUCUUCACUAUGUGUAUGAUGUGUGAUCAGUACAGCGUUAUUACAACGGGUACAACACAGAUUGAUCGUUUAAAAGGCGAGAGCGCAGAUAACCUCGGCCUACGAGAAGUAUUUGGCGGUUCGGAUUGUAAAUUUUCGUUGCAUUGGCUCCUUCCAGUGAAUAUUUGGUUUCCAACUUCUGUCAAGAAUCAGGUGUUAGGCUACGUUCUUGAACACGAGAUGAAUUUUUCUGAGGAGGAGACUUCAGAAAUGGACACUUUUCUUGACGAUGGCAGCCUGUCUGACACUGCCGUAACUAUGACUACGGAAACAUUGGAGGGAGGAUGGUCGGUGGAAAAGCGCGUUCCGACUUGUGAACCAGCUACGGUUGUGUAA